AAGUCCGGCUGGGGACCCACGGCGGGGCGCUGGGAGGAAGCGCAGAGUCGGUCCGGGCCCUGGAAAUGGUCCCUGGGGCCGCGGGCUGGUGUUGUCUCGUGCUCUGGUUCCCCGCGUGCGUCGCGGCCCACGGCUUACGCAUCCAUGACUAUUUGUACUUCCAAGUGCUGAGUCCUGGGGAUAUUCGAUACAUCUUCACAGCCACUCCUGCUAAGGACUUUGGAGGUAUCUUUCACACAAGGUAUGAGCAGAUCCACCUUGUCCCUGCCGAACCCCCAGAGGCCUGCGGGGAACUCAGCAACGGUUUCUUCAUCCAGGACCAAAUCGCUCUGGUGGAGAGGGGGGGCUGCUCCUUCCUGUCCAAGACCCGGGUGGUACAGGAGCAUGGCGGGCGGGCAGUGAUCAUCUCGGACAAUGCAGUUGACAAUGACAGCUUCUACGUGGAAAUGAUCCAGGACAGUACCCAGCGCACAGCUGACAUCCCAGCCCUCUUCCUGCUCGGCCGAGAUGGCUACAUGAUCCGCCGCUCUCUGGAACAGCAUGGGCUGCCAUGGGCCAUCAUUUCCAUCCCAGUCAAUGUCACCAGCAUUCCUACCUUUGAGCUGCUGCAGCCCCCGUGGACCUUCUGGUAG